AUGCUUCCCACCGUUCAGCUAGGUGCCAAUGGGCCUCGAGUGUCCGCACAAGGUCUUGGUCUCAUGGGCCUUUGCAUGUUCUACGGAUUUCCUCUGGCUAACGAAGAUCGACUGCAGUUUCUCGACACUGCACAUGCUCGAGGCGUCACUUUCUGGGAUGCCGUAGACGUUUACGCUGACAACGAGGACAUUCUCGCCACGUACGUACUCGAAGCAUUCCAAUGA